CCAUGAUACACCUGAUUACUAUUACUACAAAACGAUGUUAGUUCACUCCCCUCCCCAUCUUUAUUGUUCAUUUUUUUCUCACAAGUCUCAAUCUUUCUUGAGAAUCUAACACCAUUUUCCGAUUUUAAAGAAGGAAAUUAUUCUUGUUUUUACAUCUUGUUCACGUUGAUUAAGAGAAUGGAACACUUAUAGAUCACUUGGAUAUAUAUUCUCUGUCCUUGAAUGCAGUUGUUAGUAUUUUUUUCUUUCUAUCUACACCUUUUGAUUGGUUUAUUUUAGGUGCUUUCUUGCUCUUGCAAUAUUAAGUGAGGAACAUGACGCUUUUCGGCUUAUGGGUUUUGAUUGUUUGUCAUUAGAUUUUGGAAUUUGUGACUCCUUUAAGACACUGAUAACUGUUGCUAAAAUGGCGGGUGAAAUUCAAGAACUAAUCAGGCAUGACUUUCAGGCCCAUUCAGGAUCUAUCUCCUUUGGAAGGUUUGAAAUUGAAAGUCUAUGUUGGGAGAGAAGGUCAUCCUUCUCACACAACAGAUAUCUCGAAGAGGUCGAAAAAUACUCGAAGCCCGGCUCUGUUACAGAGAAAAAAGCCUAUUUCGAGGCCCACUUUAAGAAAAAGGGCAUUCUGCCUCUGGCUUCACCUAGUGAAACAAAAUAUCAAACCUGUGAACAUAAUACCUCACAGAAGAGUUGUUAUGAUGGUGUGGAAAUCAAUUCCAUGGAAUCGGCAUAUGGGACUAUUACUUGUGAGGCUCAAUUGGAAUCUUCAUGUGAUGGUACUGAGCUAGCAGACUCUAUUUCUGAACAUGGGAGUGUAAAAGAAUCUCAUUGUGCUGAGUUUGAAAGUUAUUCAAAGUCUGAACUGAAAGAGAAUCUCGAUGAUAAAGUUUCCAAAUCUAAUACGAGCCAUGUGACAAACGUGACAGUUGGCCCCAUUGCUGAUGAUCAUGCAGCUAAUGGAAAUUGUGAUGCCAAUGUCAAAAUCCGGCAAGCUUCAACUUCUGAGGUUCAAUCACAAGUUGAAUAUAAUAUGCCGAGAUCAUCACGGCCAGGCAGCGUUGUCCACAGAAAAAGUGACAUAUCAAAUAAACCAUCCAAAGUCUCAGAAGAUAAAACUAAUAAAACCAUGAAAAAUGUCAUGAGAUGGGAAGUAGAAAACAAGGCUUCUAAAGCUGAUGUCCAGAUAAAACGACAGAUCGACAGAAAUCCAAGGAUCGAGUGUGGCUCGAAGGCAAAAGGAGACUAUGAUAUUAGAAGGCAAAUACCAAGAAACAGAAGAGUCGAGAAGUCUCUGUCCACGCCAUUGCAGAAGUAUCCAAGUAGAGUGCAUCAAAUAGAAAACAGGAAGAAAUAUGUAGCUGAUAAGCCUCAGACGUGCGUACAUGAUGAUUCUAACUUCAGAUUCAAAUGCAAUGAGAGUGUAGAGAGAAGGAAAGAGUUUGAUACGAAGUUAGAGGAGAAGAUGCAUGCAAAAGAGGCUAAUAUGCACCAUCUUCAAGCAAAAAUUCAGGAAAAAGCUCGAUUCGAAAUGAAACAGCUCAGAAAUAGUCUCAACUUCAAAGCUAAGCCACUGCCUUCAUUUUAUCAUAGCCUGGACAAAAACAAGGCAACAGUUAACAAUGCCGAUCCACAGAGAACACGUACAAAUCCAUCGAAUAUCGGCACAAGAGUUUCUAGAAGCUCUCUGUUAUCCACAGCAUGCAAAAGAGACACCAGCCCUUCAUCUCCUUCUGCUGUAAUUAACACUCUUUUAGAUGGGAAGAGAGAAACCGACAAAGACAAGCAUAAAGCAGGUCAGAUAAAAAAUAUGGAUAGUGGUAAACUACUGGAGACAAAGAUGAAGAAAAGAACGAAUCAUAAGACGAGUUAGGAUUUUGUUACAACAAGUGCCUCUGCUAGUAAGGAAAAACUUCAGGCAGUUUCUUAUAGUUACGCCAAAACUCGGAAAGUAUUUUAGUGAUUUGUUAUUCCAAUUAGAUGCAAGCAUGUGAUGUAUUUUGUAAUUGUAUGUGUAGCUAACUUAUUUCAAACCAGGACUCUUCACAGCUCUCUUGUAUGCACAUUUUUAUAUUUUAUAUAUGUAUAUAUAUGAACAUGCUCUGGAACUCCUUUUUUCCACUGAACUGAACGUCAUUAUCG